CGCAGCCUAUGCACAAUGUGCUCGCUGCCCCGCGGCUUCGAGCCCCCAGCUCCCGAGGACUUGGGGCGGCAGAGUUCGGCGGAGCUGCGGGAGAGGUUGAGGCUCCAGGAGAGACUUUUGCGCAACGAAAAAUUCAUUUGCAAAUUGCCCGACAAAGGUAAAAAGAUCUCAGACACCAUCGCCAAACUGAAAGCGGCCAUUGCAGAACGUGAAGAGGUUGGAGGGAGAAGUGAACUGUUUAACCCUGUUAGUGUAGACUGUAAGCUAAGGCAAAGAGCAACCACAAGAGUUGAUACUGACAUAGACAAGGCCCAGAAUUCUGACCUGAUGCUUGAUACUUCGUCAUUAGUUCCUGAAUGUUCCUCUGUAGAUAUUAAAUCCUCUAAAGCAACCUCAGAAACCCUGGGACCUGCACAUCUCACUCACGGAGGGAAUGAGGAGACUUUGGAGGCUGGCUGUCCAGUGAGCACAGGCCCAGCUCCCAGCAGCAGAGCCAGGGCACCCUCGUCUGAAGUGAACCAACAUCUUGCCCAGCGCCCUGUUACAGGUCAAGCAGAAGAUACUUCCAGCAGCAUUGACAGUCUAUUUAUCACUAAAUUGCAAAAGAUCACAAUCUCAGACCAGACUGAACCCCCAGAAGAAAACACCAGCGCUGACAACCUUCUAGGACUCCAGAGCGAGACUCCUAAGAAGCCGCAUUACAUGGAAGUGCUAGAAAUGCGAGCCAGAAACCCAGUGCCCCCUCCUCAUAAGUUUAAGACCAAUGUGUUACCCACACAACAUAGGGACUCACCAAGUCAUCGUCAGAGGGGUGAGUCUCCUGCCUCCUCAGAAGAGCAGCGACGCAGGGCCAGGCAGCAUCUCGAUGACGUCACAGCAGCUCGCCUCCUUCCGCUCCACCACCUGCCUGCACAGCUGCUCUCUAUAGAAGAGUCGCUGGCCCUGCAGAAAGAGCAGAAGCAGAGUUACGAGGAGAUGCAGGCAAAGCUCGCAGCACAGAAAUUAGCCGAGAGACUGAAUAUUAAAAUGCAGAGCUACAAUCCAGAAGGGGAGUCUUCAGGGAGAUACCGAGAAGUGAGGGAUGAAGAUGAUGCCCAGUCCUCAGAUGAAUGCUGAAGAUGAGCGCUGGGAGACCUCCAAAGC